AUAUGAUCUAUGGAAAAGAAUUGUUUACGUAUAUACUAUAUUGUUAUAUAUAUUCUAUACUCUGUAUUGUUUACAAUUGACAACAUUAGGAAUUAAAUAUAAUAUGUGAAUAAAAUAAGUUUAAUUAUAAUGUUAAAGAGAAAUACUUAAUGAAAAAUGAAUACAAUAAAUUACAAGAAGCUCCUCCUUAACAGAGUAACCGUAACACCAGCUAUAAUUGAAUACUUAGAAAAUUGUUUAGCUACUGAUGAUGAUGUUUAUAAACAUAGUUUUCAUAAAAUACUGUUGCACAAUUGGACCGACAACGAAAUCAAUCUAUUUGAAGUGUUAUCCACCUUUUUCGUAGCUACAUUUGUCCCUGUAAAUUUCAUUACACAAAAUGGAAUAACCACGUUUUAUACAAGCAGCCUUAGUUUUGUAAGCAAAAUAGUAAAACUAGACUUUCUUUUUCCCUAUAUGAGAAACAUGUGCAGUCUAGAUAUACUUCUCAAUGAUAAAACAUCAACCGAGUUAUUUGAAAUAGAAGUUUCAGUUGAAGAUAUUGUCGCACAAAUAGUUAACUCGAGAUUUUUGAGCAACUGUGAAUUAAAUUUAUCGAAUUUCUGUAAUGAUCCAGAGUUCAAUAAUAAAAAAAUACAUUUUUAUAAAAUUACGCUAUUAGCACAGUUUAAGGUUCUAAUGUUAAAAAUAGGAAGGGACACUAAAUACUUAAACUUAAGCAACAAUAAUUUGAGUCAGAUUCCACUUGAAAUACUUAAUUUUUUUAUCAAAGGAAAUUUAUUGGGAAUAAAUCUAAGUUAUAAUAAUAUACCAUCACUAGUAGAGCUUCAAAGAGUAAGCAGUAGAAUUGAGAAGCUCUCUAUAGAAGGAAAUCCUCUCUGUCAAAAUGUUGACCCAUUAGUUUACAUAAAACAAAUAACUGUAAAAUUUCCAAGGUUAAUGGAAUUGGAUGGUAUAAGAAUUAGUAAUUACGGAAUAAUGAUGCCAUUUUACAAAACGUUUGUGACAACACCAGACAAGAAGACAAAAAUGAUAGUUGAAAAGUUUGUUACACUGUACUUCUCCCAUUAUGAUUCAACGCGAGAAAAAAUUGAUAUGUUUUAUGAGGCAAAUGCACAGAUGUCUAUAUCUACAAACUUUACAGAAGCAGAGGAUUUAACAAUGCCCAAACUUGCUAUGCACUCAAGAAAUAUAUUAAAUCCAGUAAAAAGACAGUUAAUACUGAGUCAUAAAAGGUGGUACAAGAAAAAAAGUGCUAUUGUCUCUGUACUACGUCAGUUACCAGAAACUUUGCACGAUCCCACUACAUUUACAAUUGAUGUUCUUCGACACGACAAACAAUUCCUUUAUAUAAUAAUAGAUGGAGUAUACAAGGAAACUAGUGUCAAUCCAGGUGGAGAAAGGUUUUUCAACUUUAGAAGAACAUUUAUAUUCAACCACUACACUGUCAGUGAUACAUCAGUAUACAAUAUUGCCAAGGAAAUGUUUUCUAUUUCAUUUGCAACAGAAGAAUUAAAAGAAAGCAGUUUCAAGAAUCCUGUUAGACACGAAAAUCAACUAACUCUUAUAAACCCAGACCCUGAAGAGCGUGAUGUUAUUUGUAGGGCUUUCACUCAUUAUACUCAACUCCGAAGAUCGGAAGUCGAAGUCCGACUUCGAGCUCAUAAUUGGGAUAUGAGAAUGGCGUUAAAGGCCUUUUGCGCCGAUAUGAAAAUGGAUAAAAUACCUGAAGACAAGUUUAUAAGUCAAGACGACAUGUCGGAUAUCUCAUCUUCUUUAGAAGAUGAAAUAGAUUAGUUUUAUCGCAAAAUAAUAACGAUCAUAAUACAAUACUACUACCACAAAGCCAGGAAUCCUAAUAAUAUAAGCAAUAUAUUUUGUGACACAA